UAGGCGGUCCACAGGCAAAUCCCCUAUCUCCAACCUGUGAACGGUGAACCCCGAUCGAUGACGCCGACGGCGAACCUCCUCCUCCCGGCUCCCCCAUUCGUCCCCAUCUCUGAUGUGCGCCGCCUCCAGCUCCCCCCGCGCGUCCGCCACCAGCCUCGUCCCUGCUGGAAGGGCGUGGAGUGGGGCUCCAUACAGACCCGGAUGGUCUCUUCUUUCGUUGCUGUAGGGAGCAGAACACGCCGCAGAAACGUUAUAUGUGCUUCCCUGUUUGGAGUUGGAGCUCCCGAAGCACUGGUCAUUGGAGUAGUCGCCUUGUUGGUAUUCGGCCCCAAGGGUCUAGCAGAGGUAGCCAGGAAUUUGGGGAAGACUUUGCGUGCUUUCCAACCAACCAUUAGAGAGCUACAGGAUGUAUCAAGGGAGUUCAGGAGCACUCUUGAACGAGAAAUCGGAAUUGAUGAGGUUUCCCAAUCAACGAACUAUAGGCCCACAACCAUGAAUAACAACCAACAACCUGCUGCCGACCCAAAUGUCAAGCCUGAACCAGCACCUUAUACUAGCGAGGAACUAAUGAAAGUAACUGAAGAACAAAUUGCUGCAUCAGCUGCUGCUGCUUGGAAUCCACAACAGCCUGCCACGUCGCAACAGCAAGAAGAAGCGCCCACUACUCCAAGAAGUGAGGACGCUCCUACAUCAGGAGGAAGCGAUGGUCCUGCUGCUCCAGCUCGUGCUGUGAGUGACUCUGAUCCAAACCAAGUGAAUAAGUCACAGAAGGCGGAAGGAGAGAGAUGACUCCGCUUGACAGUUUGACACUGGACGGAAAGAGCACAGUGCAUAGGUCAGGACGAGCAGUCAUGUUUUUUUUUUUUCAUUUUGUAGACGAUGAAAUAGUUGUAUGAGAGCGUUUUCGAUGGUUAGGCUUGUUUUGUAGCAGCAUGGGCCAGGUAGAUGAAAAAAAGGCUAUGCGUAUAUUAUUUCCCACGUUGUGUGGCCGCAAUUGUUUUUCAAUCGUAAGAGUAACUUCAAGACACUCUCUGUAUUCUUUUUAAUUGCUAGGAAUAGAUUUUUUUGUAAAAAAUUUUCUUCAAAAGCUUAUUUAAAUGAUUAUCUGAAUAUAUCUAUUUUUUU